AAAAAACAGGCGCGCUUGUCUUGGUUCAUCAGUUCGAUUUCGACUUCGAUCAACGAACAAUGCAUCUGUACAGUUGCUGCGCGUUGCUCCUGCUGGCGCUAGUCGCCUGCCAGGCUGCACCCUCAUCCAAUCUGAUCGAGGAGAAUUCGAUUCACGAAGCAACGAACAGCAUACAACUGGAAGAUGCUGGUGCGGAGAAGGAUAGAGCGAAGAAAUCAACAACCUUCUGCGUGGAGGUUCGUUCGGGAAAGCAAGAACAGGUUCCCUGCAGACAGGAGGUAAGGCCAGUGGAGAUUGUUCGGCAAGACUCCAAACCGGUGGUUAUCGUGCCGAUACCAUCACCGAUGCCAAUACCAGCACCGGCACCAGUAUUUCCGACAUAUGUGAUGCCGCCCAGACCUCAAGAAGUGAAACAGGAAGUAGUCCAUCAAUCUCCGGUUGUACAGCCUUCCCAACCAAUUCCAGCUCCGCCUUCGAUCAUCAACAUCGUACCACCUCAAGUUCCCGUACCUUGCGACAAACAAACUGUCGUGCAGCCCCAGUCGCAACACUUUCACACGGUCCAUGUCAUUCAUCCGCCUCAGACAGAACGACCUGUGACUUUGGUCCAGGAAGCUAGACCGAUGAAGCAUAUAAAGCCACCAGUUAAGCCAAUGCAUCUGCCAAUUCCCCAUAAAGAGAUUGUUUUGCCGAGCAAACCUGUAUGCCAGAGAUGCAAUGGUGUGAUUCCAUCCCACCCUGUGAACUUUGUUGUUCAACCUUCGCCAGCAACCGUCCUCAGCGUGCUACCACACGUAGACGCAUGCAAAUAUCAGGAAGAAGGACCCCAAUGCAGCUGCCAAUCAGAGAACAGCCCUACCUCUAGGCUAGGACCCUACCCUAGGCGCUACGUUAUGCCUCGCGCAAUGGAACAUCCCGACGAUGCGACUUUCGAAUCUAUGGGACCGUUUAGGUCUCCGAUAAUGUCUUUGCAAAGCGAUCCCAGGAUAAUGUCGGAGCAUCCCACCUAUUUCACUUCAGAAGGAGCUAAUAGAGAAAUGGAAGCAAGAACACAUCGCCUCUGGGCAAAAAAGAAGUAUUCGCCUGUGAAUCUCUCGGUGCAAUUUCCCGUCGUACACACGUCCGAUAAUGCCCCUAAAUUUUAUGAAUCCGUAUAUCGACCAGUGUAUACUAAUCCAAGCUCUUACACCUACGUAGUUCCAAGCCCUUACAGCUAUGAAAGCUAUGGAAAUUAUAGACCCUCUGAAUACUCUUAUCCGGUAAACUAUAACUCUCAAGAUUUAGCAAGUGGUACACCGUCAGUCACCGUAAAUGCGGGAGGACCAUUUUACGGUCGCGAAUCUCAACACAACCCAUCGCCUCAAACGAAUGAUGUCGAAAUGCUACCAAGGGAAGCGUUUACGCCUGUUACCGACACAAUCGAUCCCUCCAGCAACCAAAAGCGUGAGACUGACAUGAAUCAGUCGAAUAACGAGCAGAACAAAGCUAUGCAAACCGAGGUAACCAAGGACAUUUCAUAAGCCAACGUAGUUGAAAAUAUAAAAAGAGUAGUUUUUGAAUUUUCAUAGGUGCAAACGCAUCAGAAUAAUUUGUCAAUUAAUUUAGUAAGAGAUUCAAUCUCGAGGCGGCUUUUAUUAUUUAUUUAACUCGAUGCCGCUAAAAUAUUGCAUUUAUCUAAUAAUUUUUUUUAAUUUUUC